UUUAAAGUGCUCGCUCCAUGAUGCCUUGCGGUGUCCCGCGCACUAUUUUUACUCGUGUUAGAGCAGAGCUGCCGCUGCUGCUGAUGUAACGGGCCACGCUGACUGAACUUCAGCGAGCGGACCCUACUAACUGACCUCAACCGGACUACAUUUACGGACAUCGGACGAAGGGAGUCUUUACGAAACAUUCAAAGGAAAACCACACCAUCUGCUUAAAUCUGGGUUCUCUGGCGGAGCGAAGUAACAGACCCGGACUGAGGAUUGUGGCGGUCUGGGACUGCAGACACACGCAGUGAUAAGAGUGGCAUGCAGACCAGAGAGCUUGCAACGGGUGCCUGCAGAGGUGAGGAAUGACAUCCAGAUGAGAGGCAUGGAGCUGAAGGUAUGGGUGGAUGGAGUGCAGCGUAUCGUCUGCGGGGUCACAGAAGUCACCACAUGUCAAGAGGUUGUUAUCGCUUUGGCCCAAGCAAUAGGGCGGACAGGUCGCUACACGCUGAUUGAAAAAUGGCGCGAGACAGAGAGGCACCUGGCACCCCAUGAGAAUCCUGUGGUUUCUCUGAAUAAGUGGGGUCAGUACGCUAGUGAUGUGCAGUUGGUGCUUCAACGUACAGGCCCAUCUCUGAGUGAGCGCCCUACCUCGGACACCUCUGCAAGAGCCCCAGAACGCAGCUUAUACCGCCAAAGUCUCCCUCCCAUGGCAAAGCUCCGCCCCACAGUCAACGACCGUUCCCUCAAACGACGUGAACCAAAUCGCAAGUCCCUCACUUUCACUGGUGGUGCAAAGGGGUUACUUGAGAUCUUCGGGAAGAAUCGUGAGGGUGAGACCAAACAGAGAGUGGUAAAUACAAAGCGCAGCAGCACUCCGGCCCCUACACAGGAGCUGUCCCGCCUGGUGCAGUUGCAGAAGGACAAGUUGCACAUCCUAGAGCAGAAACUGCAACGCUGCGAGACUGAGUUGCAGCAGCAGUUGACGGAGGAAGAAGAAGAGGAGCUGGUCAAACUAGAGCAGCAGGUCUGCAGGAAUGAGGCGGAGAUGAAGGAGCAUGAAUUCUGGGAGAAUGAGUUGAAGAUUGAGCAGGACAAUGAGAGGCAACUUCGUGAGCAGCUGCAGGAACUGCGCAGCCGUGUACAGGAGUGCGAGGAGCAGCUGGGAGAGUACCUGGCACGUAUUCAGUGCAUGGAAGCAGGGCUGGAGGCAGAGCGCCUGCAACAAGAGCUGAUGGAGACGCGGCUAGCGGAUGAAAUGGAGGUCCGGUCGCGACUGGACAAGGCUUGUGCCGAGCUAGACAUACAGGUGCAGCAGGCUGCAAGACUGGAGAGCAGCUGUAGAGCUGUGGAGCUCUCACUUGGGCAGUCGAACAUCAGGCUACAGGUGAGAUCAAAAUUCACUUAG